UGUUUGGGUCAAUAUAACAAUGAAGAUUCACACACACACACACACACACACACAAGUGUGUGCACGCACAAACACAUACACUCUGACAGACACUCGACCGCGCGCACACACUUGCACACACAUACACAUACACACACAAACGAGCGCGCGCGCGCACGCACAAACACACACACCCUGACAGACACUCGAGCGCGCGCGCACACACACACACACACACACACACACCGAGAUCUUCCGCAUUAAAGCUGAGCGCUGAACUUUAUGACACCGCGCCAAGGAAUGCAAUCCGGGUCGGCGUGUGUUAAAAAAAAGACUCAGAACCGAAAGAGAAAGUAGAAGUGACCCAGUCAUGUAAAAGUCUGCAGUUGUAAACGAUCAGCAGUCUCCGAGCCGAGCUCAAAGGAGUUCCUCACACUUCCUGAAAGUCGUGAAAACUGCACGGCUUAUGAGCGACUGCCUUUGACAAGUAAGACAGAAGAGACAGUAUGGAUACAGCGAGGAACUCAUCUACCCAUAAAACGGAUAAGAAAAGAUCCAUUAAGAGAGUGAGGAGGAGCCCGACACGAUUCACUCGGCCAUUUUCUCGGGGGAGAUACCAAUGUGCUCGCUUCUAUUACAAGCCCAGAGAGGACUACUUUUCCCGGCGGGGCGGUUUUAGCUUCAGGCUCCACAGGUUUCAGAGAGCUUCCAGUCUUCGUCUUCCCUCUAGAUCCCGGAGCCCGAGUAUGAUGCUGAGACACAAAAAUGUGUAUUCAUCAAGCCAGCACUUGGAAAAGAGGUCUGAGAAGAGCUCUACUACUCCAGUGCAGGAAAAAAAAACAUUCAGCACACCAGAACGCUCCCGGUCAUCUUCAGUGGCUUCUGAGAGGACUGCCCUAUCAUUUACAGUCAAUCAGGAAGAGCAAAGCAGCAGUGGCAGGGAGUCUCUCUCCUCUGUAACACGUGCAGCUGCCAGAAGUCGAGCCAUCCAGAAAAAGAGAGAGGAGAUCGAGGAGGUGUAUCGGCAGGACUGCGACACAUUUGGCGUGGUGGUAAAAAUGCUUGUGGCGAAAGAUCCUUCACUGGAGAGACCAAUACAGUCUUCUCUGAGGGAGAACCUGCGUGAGAUUGGCCUGCGCUGUGUAGAAGCCAUGGAGCAGUUUAUCCAUGAGUAUGACUCCAGAGAGCUUGGCACACCAUCGCAGUCCCAUCAUCACUGACAUACACCUGCACCUGCACACGAACACUGUCCUGAGGGUUAGGAAUCUCCUGCUGUAAAUUUUAAGGUAACUUCUCUUCAGGCAGUAACCACAGAAGAAGAAUGAUCAACUACAAUAUCAUUUUUUACUGGAAAUGCAUUCAUGAGUGAAGGUCGGAGACUUUAAAUACAACACAGGAUGAUAACUGUUUAAAGGUUAAAAACACUGCCCUUGGAAUAGUGCAUUCUUUAGCCACAUCUAUAUGAAGGGUGAAAAAUGAUAUUUGUGGAAGGAUCUCAUGUGUUAUAGGUGUUUUCACAAUUCUUCCUAAAGCUAGUGUUAGAAUGCCAUGGUUUUAGGGAUCUGUGUAUAAGAAGAGCUGCAUGCCAAAUAUAUAACAAUAAGCCUCCUUCCUAAGCUGGCGUAUAAGAAAAAUGGCUCUGAUUUAACGACUAUUUUUAAUAUUAUGUUCGUAUGAUCAAUAUAUCAAAAAUAUGUGCCAAGAGACAGUUGGUGAAAUGCCUCAGUAAACAAGAGUUCCGCAAGAGUUCGUUGGCCAAUUCCGUUGGUUUGAAACCCGAAGGCAAUUAUGUUUAAUCAAAGACAACUGCAAAAUAAAGAUACGUGUUUUGGGCAGAUUUAUUUCCCUCAGUUGUUUAAAGAAUUUUAACAUUUAUAUUAGCGACGUUUUAUACAUAACUAUAUACACUGGAUUAUAUUUUUAUUUAAUAUAACAGUGAAAAUAGUUUGGUUUUCUUUAUUUACUUCCUAAUUAUUUGAUUCUCCGUGGUAUGAAGUUCUCCUGUAAAAGAAGAUGUUAAAGGUAGAUGUUUUGCUACCUCUCUGUCAUUCCAUCCUACCAGAAAUGGUAUUCGUUUUUACAAAAGGAUGCAGUCUUUGGUUGUCUGAUUACACUCACUUGCUGUUAAUAAUUGUAACCUAUUUAUAUUGUCACAGACAUUUAUUCCAAACUGUCAAGUGACAACAUCAUGCACUUAUUGAAAAUAAAUGGAGAAUACUUGAAAUGUGUGCAUAAUAGGAAAAAGGAAGUUUACUUUGAAAAGGUAGAUGAUAGCCUUACAUUUAUAGUAAACGCUUACACCUAUCAAUGUUCUCAUUUCUUUGUAAAUAAAUGUUAUAAAGCUUGAAUGCAUUUAAUGCAGAUCUUUGUAUCUGACACUAGGUUUUUACCAUGAAGACAAAAUAUUGUCACAAGAAACCACCUAGAGUGAACGUAAGAUUUAAGCCUUAAGCCAUGCCCUCUGCCUCACAAUCCAUUGUAAUAGCUUUCUCUAGUCUUUUAGCUAGGCUUCUUAUUUUACUCCAGGUGAAACUUGCUACUCCUCCAUCUUAUCGUUAUUGGCUUUUCACAUUUUCUUUAUUUGGAAGAAAUAGGUGCAUUUUUUCUUAGAUCAAUGCCCUUCAUAUAAUUUUUCUCCUUUUUUCUCCUUUUAUUAUUAUUUUCUUUUAUAUUUUUCAAACAUUUUCUCCCUUAGUUGGGGUUUGGUGGGCUUGACAGGUGGGUCAAGGGCUUGCUGGGGUUAUAAAUGUGUACAUAUAUUUCAUUGAACUGCAGUUUUGCAAUUGGUCAUUUUCCCUUUCCUGUGAAAAAUGAAAUAAACAU